GGCAGGAAACGCAGGUCGGGUAGUGACAGGGCUCUGCGGCGGCAGCGCUGCUGUGAUGAAGUGCGGAAGAAACAAGGGGAAUUCCUCAGAACUAUCCACCUACAUGAACAUAUAGAACUGAGUAAGCCUUCUAGCAAGCUAGUCUGUACGCCACGUUUAUUUUAAAUAUGUUACCAGAAUCUGGAAGCCAUUGUUAAUCACUAACGGAGAGGGUGUUUGUCAACGCUUUUUUGUCGCCUCAACAAGUCUUCCGCACACAGAGCAACGCUAAGUUAGCUGCUAUCUGUUUUGCUAGCCAGCUAACUCGGCUAAAGCUAUACGAUACGCUUUAAGGACUGCCAGGUCCUAGAUCAUGGUCCAGCCCCAGCCUUACGGGGUCAACGCCUUCCAGUGGGACAUGGCAGGAGAGGAAGCAGUGGGGGCUGCCAGUCAGGGCUCACUAACGAAUAGUUCUCAAGGAUCACUAAGAGUGCCACCUGAAUUAGCUGGACAUGAAGUGGUCAGCAGACUUCUUUUGGAUAACCACCAGUUACGAGAGGCACUAAAAAGGAGCAAUGAUGCCCUGAAAAACAGGUGUGAGGAAAUGGAGGGAUGGCAGCGAAGAUCUAGGGAGGAAAGAGAGUUUCUGAGUGGCAAGUUUCGCGACGCAAGGGCUUUGGUUGAGCGGCUGGCUCAGGAGAAUAAGAAUUUGCUGGGCAAGCUCAACUCCAAUGGCAGUCAAGUCGUACCCCAAGGCGUUGAUGUUGGCACAGAGACAGCCUGUCAGAAUCGGAACCAAGAGAGUUCCCGUGCAGACAGUAACGGACUAUCAGAUGAUCCUAAUGACUUAGCCGUGAGUGAGCGGAAGGUGGAUACAGAACAAGACACUGACAGACAGGCAAUGCCUCGAAGUUUGCCAAGUGAAGGUUCUAACGAUAUCCUAAGGAUACUGAAGAGUCAUAAAGAGAAGCUGGAGGAAGGAAUGAGAGAGCUUAAGAGAAGAAAUGAGGAACUGGAUAAGGCGAAAAUGGAGAGAGAAAAAGAAAUCGAAUGCCUUCAUAAUACUGUGGACCAGCUACGCUUCAAACUGAUGCAGCUUACUCAGACUGGUGCUGUAACAGAGGAAACAUUUCAGAAAACAAAUGCUUAUACAGUCUCUCCAGAAAGCUUUCACUUGGCUAAACUAACAGAACAGCUUCAGGCUACUCAAGGCAGGUAUCGAGAGCUUCAGGAAAAACUGAAUCUACUAGAACAGAACACAAUGCAGAGGGAUAGAACAGAGGCUCUACUCAAACAGAAAGAGAAGGAUUAUAUUCAGCUGACCAAGGACAGUGAGGCUCUGAGGGCUCAGGUCACUUCUCUACUUGGUGAGCUGAAAGAACGCCAAGCAUCCCUAGACAAGUGUGAAGAAGAUAAAAGACGUUUAGAAGAAAGGCUGUGCUGUAAGACAGAGAACCUGCAGACUUUGGAGCGCGAUAUGGAGGAGCAAAAGAAGCAGCAUUGUGUAACCGUGGACAAGUUCCUUUUGCAGACACAAAACCUGGAGGCAGCAUUGAAGAAAGAGCGGGGUGUCAUUGUGGAGGAAAGGAGGAAGCUAGCUCAGCUCCAACAUGCUUACACCUGUCUCUUUCAGGAUUAUGACACCAAACUGAAAACCGAAAAACUAGCCAAUCACAGGAGUGGAGAAACCGAGACGCUUUCUCAUAGACUAGAGGAAGCUGAGAAAGCUCUGGCCUUGAAACAAGCUCACAUCGACAAACUCAAGGAAGAACUGGAGCAACAGAGGACCUUACAGGAGACCAUUGAAGUGCUCACAGCACAGGCGGAGAUCUACAAGUCCGACUUCCAGGCAGAGAGACGGGCGCGGGAGGAGCUCAACCAAAAGAAGGAGGAGCUGCAGGAAAAACUCAACCAAACACUCACUGAACUCAAUCUCCACAAGCAGGAGAAGAUGCAGCAACGACACAUGGACAGUUACAGACCUCUUCCACCACCUGCAGUAAUUCCAGGAGGAGGAGGGAUACAACAGCCAAAUCGUAAUGAAUACCAGUGUCCUAAGUGUCAGUACAAUGCUCCGGACAUGGACACCCUGCAGAUUCACGUCAUGGACUGUAUCCAGUGAGAAGAGGAGAGCCGCACGUAGAGAAUAACGAGCAUGAGCUACGGGGAUGGAAUCCCAUCACAGCAAAUUUAGCGUAAACAAUCUUAAGCACAAAAAAAAAAAAUCAAUGAACAGAAUUGUUUUUGUAAAAGAACAGGCCUCAUUAUUGCCUUUGCAGCUGACCAAAAAGAAGAAGAAGAUGCUCAGCAGUUGCAACGGACAUUUUUAUUUCAGCGAGCUAGAACUGUCCGUAGUGUACUAUUUGACAUAGUAUAUUAGUUAACUGUUAGAAAAGUUGUUGUACUGCCUCUGUGUGACAGUGUGGUGUGACGUACUGCACGUGUUUCUCAUGUACAGCACAAAUCUGUCGGUGACACCAGUCCUUUUCUAAAUGUGCUCUCUGUCUCUCUGAAUGUAUGGAUUCAUAUCAUUGUGUGUUAAUAUUGUCUGUAAUCAUGCUUGAAUGUAUUAAAUACUUUGUACAGACUAUUAUGGAGAGAUUUAAAGAUUAAAAAUCGAAAUCGA